AUGGUACACCUUGUGGCUGUACCAGAGACAAUCACGGCAAGUGGCUGUGCUUGUGUCUUUAUUGACACCAUCUUCCGACUUCAUGGGUUGCCCCGUGAACUCGUAUCAGACAGAGAUCCACGAUUCACUGCUGAUUUCUGGCGUUCCGUGUUCAAAUCACUCGGAACGCGCUUGAAGAUGUCAACAUCUGAUCAUCCAGAGUCGGAUGGUCAGACGGAACGUGCCAAUCGUGUCCUUGAAGAGAUACUUCGAGGAUACGUACACUCCUUUAAGAGUUGGAGUGAGUUUUUGCCAAUGGUAGAGUUUGCCAUCAACAACUCGGUGCAUGCGUCCACGACACAUACACCGUUUUACGUGAAUGGCUUACGCCAUCCGCGUGUACCCACCUUACUAGAGUGUAACUCUGGUUUAAGGGGGGGAGGGACUCGCGCGAGCAAAAACCGAUUUGGUUCACGCUCAUCACGCUCUGACGAAGAAGUCAUUGCGUUUGAUGCCGAUAUCGAUAACAUCGAUAUCGAAGAAGAUGAUGCCAGUGAGAGUGCGGAAGCCCUCACUGAAGACAAUGAUCCCAGUGAGAGUGCGGAAGCCCUCACUGAAGAAAAGGUUGUUGUUGCUGCAGUGCGCUCACAGCACACUGAAGCUAACGAGUCAUCAGAUGAGUUCAUACUGGCUCGUGAAACGGUAGUCCGUUUUGUGCAAGACUCCAUCGCCGAAGCGGUGGAUAAGCAAAAAGCAAAACGCUGA